CAGACAAGGACGCUCCAGAGCCGCGAGCUGGGGACGGCGGUUCCCGAGACGCGCGCGAGCCCUCUUUGAUUUGCCGCUCCGUUAAACCUUCACAUUCACCUGGAAGACUGUGUAACCUGAAGACGGAGAUCUGGAGAAUAACUUUUUUUGAGACGAAUGUCGGGAUUUCUGGAAUAACAAACUAUUUUGAAAAAAAAGGAGUUUCCCUUUAUGAAUUAAAGAGGAGCGGAGGACGUUUCAUUUUGGAACAAUGUAUGAAAAGAGCUGUCGGUGAAUACACUCGGGAUUUUCUGAACCCAUUAAACGCACUGGAAGCACAGUCGGAACUAACGGAACUCCUCUCUGAGUUUUCACCUCUUCUUUAUCCCAAUUAACGUUACAUCUAAUUUGCUCUGUGUCAAGCCGAAAUUUCCGUUUACAACAAGGCGUUUGGUGGACUUAUCCUCGGACUUAUCCCCAGGCUUUUGGAAUUGGUGAUUGCACAGUAAACGCACCGAGCUCUGACCACUGACAGUAUGCAUCAAAGGGACUGCUAACUUACUCAAGGUUCUUGUGAAUCUCGGGGCAGACUGAUGCAGCCAUGGGCCGAUCGCUGGAUCUUUGAGAGCAACCUUCCUCCCCCUCCUCCUCCACCACCACGUCCUUUUCCUCCUCCUUCUACUCCUCUUCCUUUGCCCUACACAGGUGGAAGUUGAGUCCUCCAAAGCCAGAGACCAGCCAUCAGCCUAUGAUACCUUCUCCUUCCCUUCAUCUGCAAACCAUGACAAGCAUUGUUUCUCGAAUUCCUGGCCAUUCAAGGUGGCCUCUCCCAGUGCUACUCUUGUAUUUUGCCCCUCUGCUGCUGAUGGAGGGUUGUUGCCACGCAGCCCCCUCAGGCCCAGAGUCAGACUCCUGCUCCACCUUAGUCCAGAGCCGCUUCUUUGGCUUCUUCCUGUCAUCAUCAGUGUUCCCCACCAUGCCUUGUUCCUGGACCCUGCAGAACCCUGAUCCGCGGCGCUACACCAUCUUCAUCAAGGUCACCAAACCUACCGAGGACUGCGUGCCGUCGCAGCUCCGCACCUUCCAGUAUGACUCCUUCCUGGAGACCACGCGCACCUACCUGGGCAUGGAGAGCUUUGAUGAGGUGGUGAGGCUGUGCGAUACCUCUGCCCCAGUGGCUUUCCUGGAGGCCGGAAAGCAAUUCCUCCAAAUGAGGAAGGGACUUCCUCGGGUGGGAAAGGCCAUCACGGAUGGCAACGGGGAUUUCAAAACUGAGUACCUGGUGGUGGGAAAGCGUAACCCCAGCAUGGCGGCCUGUCAGAUGCUGUGCCAGUGGCUAGAGGACUGCCUGGCCUCAAGCACGUCUAACAGGCCCUGCGGCAUCAUGCAGACUCCGUGUCUGUGCUGGGAGCCGCCGCCACAGCUCAGUGAGGGGGAUAGCUGUUAUCACAAUGGAGUUUACCUGGAAAACUGUUUACCCAGCGUGAAAGAGAGUGGAAAAAAUGCUGAGAUAAAUGGUGGCUGGAGUGUGUGGGGUCAGUGGGCGCAGUGCAGCAGUGAGUGCGGAGGCGGGAUUCAAACUCGGACCCGAAGCUGUCAGUCACCUCCGGAAGAGUCGUACCUGUGUGAAGGUGUGGUGGAAGAGGGCCGGCCGUGUAACUCACAGCCCUGCACUGGCAAAGGCCGCCAUCUCUCUCGCAGCCAAUCGCUUCGCUCGGUGGACAGCCGCAAGCGCGAUGACGUAGACAAGCCCCGCAGUGGACAGCAGAACCCUCAGACAGUAGACUCAGCUUCAGGUGAGGAGUGGUCAGCGUGGAGUGUGUGUUCUGCCACGUGUGGGGAGGGCUGGCAGAGUCGCACUCGUUUCUGUGUGUCCUCCUCCUACAGCACCCAGUGUAGUGGGCCACUGCGAGAGCAGAGACCCUGCAACAACUCUGCUGUUUGUCCAGUGCACGGCGCUUGGGAUGAGUGGUCACCGUGGAGUUUGUGUUCAUCGACCUGUGGCCGAGGUUACAGGUCACGGACACGAACCUGCACCCCCCCACAGUUUGGGGGAGAUCCCUGUGAGGGCCCAGAGAAACAGACCAAAUUCUGCAACAUAGCUGUCUGUCCAGUGGAUGGAGUGUGGAAUGAGUGGUCCAGCUGGAGCUCCUGCUCCGCCUCCUGCUCUAAUGGGACCAUGCAGAGAACCAGGGAGUGUAACGGCCCCUCGUAUGGAGGCUCAGAGUGCAGAGGAGAAUGGCUGGAGACUGUCGACUGCUUCCUUGGGGAGUGCCCGGUGGAUGGCAAGUGGCAGCCGUGGUCUUUGUGGUCAGGCUGUUCUAAAACCUGUGGAGGGGGGAGCCAGCAGAGAAACAGGAUUUGUUAUGGGCCCUUUUUUGGAGGGCAGCCCUGUCCUGGAGAACGAGAAGAGGUCAGGCGUUGUAAUGAAAAGAGAUGCCCAGAACCUCAUGAAAUAUGUGGCGAGGACAACUUCUCCAAUGUUGUAUGGAAGAUGACUCCAGCUGGGGAUACUGCCGCAGUACGCUGUCCUCCCAAUGCCAUGGGGCUUAUCCUGCGCCGCUGUACCCUGGACGAAGAGGGCAUCGCCUACUGGGAGAAUCCCACCUAUAUGAAAUGCAUUUCCAAUGACUAUCGCAGUAUACAAACUUUGACUCGGGAACACUUGUCCAAAGCACAGCGUGGCCUUGUGGGAGAUGGAGUUUCAGAGGUGAUGACCAAGCUCAGGGUGACAUCCAGUGAUGGGACCAGUUACAGUGGGGACCUGCUGGCCAUUGUGGACGUGCUGAAGAACAUGACGGAGAUUUUCAGGAGGGCAUACUACAGUCCCAGCAGUGCAGACAUGAGGAACUUUGUGCAGUCAGUCAGCAAUCUGCUGAUGGAGGAGAACAGGGAGAGGUGGGAGGAAGCACAACUGCUGGGGCCAAACAUCAAAGAGCUGUUCCGUCUGGUGGAGGACUUUGUGGAUGUCAUUGGCCUGAGGAUGAAAGACUUCCAAGACAUGUAUGAAGUCACCGAUAACCUAGUUUUGAGCAUCCAUAAGCGUCCAGUGAUGGGUCAUGCAGACAUCAGCUUCCCAAUGAAGGGCUGGAGGGGCAUGGUGGACUGGGCCCGCAGCUCUGAGGACAGAGUCACCAUCCCCAAGAACAUCCUGUCUACUGGGAAGCCAGAAGCAGACGAGUCCUCGACGUUUGUAACCGGCAUCGUUCUGUACAGAAACCUGGGCAGCAUUCUGACUCUGCAGAGAAACAGCACAGUCCUCAACUCCAAGGUUUUGUCAGUGGCCAUCAAGCCCACCCCUCCCUCCCUUUCUGCCCCAGUUGUAGUUGAAUUCUCUCACCUGUACAACGGCACCACUAAUCAGACCUGUAUAUCCUGGGACGAGAGUGACAGCUCCUCUCUGCUGGGAUCCUGGUCUGCCAGGGGCUGCAAAGCCGUGCUAGUCGACUCAUUCAGAACCAAAUGCGUGUGUGACAGACUGUCCACCUUCGCCAUUUUAGCACGGCUAAAUCCCGAAAUGAAUAUGGAUAAGACACAGCUUCCAUCCGUGACGCUGAUCGUGGGCUGUGGAGUGUCUUCACUGACAUUGUUGCUGCUCAUCAUCAUCUAUGUGUCUGUCUGGAGGUACAUUCGGUCUGAGCGCUCAGUCAUUCUCAUUAACUUCUGCCUCUCCAUCAUCUCCUCCAACGCCCUGAUUCUCAUUGGACAGACACAGACACGAAAUAAGGUCUUGUGCACUCUGAUAGCUGCAUUUCUUCAUUUUUUCUUCCUGUCCUCGUUCUGCUGGGUUCUGACAGAGGCGUGGCAGUCAUACAUGGCAGUGACGGGCCGCCUCAGAAAUCGCAUCAUCCGCAAGCGUUUCCUGUGUCUCGGCUGGGGUCUCCCUGCACUAGUGGUGGCGAUCUCAGUGGGAUUCACCAAGGCAAAGGGAUAUGGAACACCAAGCUACUGCUGGCUGUCUCUGGAGGGAGGUCUUCUCUAUGCAUUUGUUGGACCUGCUGCAGCUGUUGUCUUGGUUAACAUGGUUAUUGGGAUUCUCGUAUUUAACAAACUGGUGUCCAAAGACGGCAUUACUGAUAUGAAACUAAAGGAGAGGGCGGGUCAGAUGACAGUGCCACUGUACAAUAUGACGCUCAAAUGUGCCAAGUGCGGAGUUAUCUCUUCGGCUGACGUUUCCACCACAGCUACCAGUAACGCCAUGGCGUCACUGUGGAGUUCCUGUGUGGUUUUGCCCCUCCUGGCCCUCACAUGGAUGUCAGCCGUCCUCGCAAUCACAGACCGGCGCUCUGCGCUCUUCCAGAUCCUCUUUGCUGUCUUUGAUUCACUGGAAGGCUUCGUCAUUGUCAUGGUGCACUGCAUCCUGCGCAGAGAGGUUCAGGAGGCAGUAAAGUGCCGUGUGGUGGACCGCCAGGAAGAUGCUAAUGGAGAUUCAGGAGGAUCUUUCCAGAAUGGUCAUGCCCAGCUUAUGACUGACUUUGAGAAAGACGUGGAUAUGGCUUGCCGAUCAGGCACUGUGAAGCGCUCAUCUCUCCAAGGGGAGGAGAAGGCUUCCUCUGGGACCCACACCCUUCAGAAGGGUUCUAACUUUAACACUAUGCCGGCCAGCAUGGCCAAGGUUCACCUCCAGAAUGUGGCAGACUAUACCAGCCACACUCUGACUCUGCGCAGGGAGAAGGGCCCCACCAAGGGAAUCAGCACGGAGCUGCCAGGUGCCAAAUCCAUCUACAUCUGCGAUGGCGAGCUCUUCAAGCAGCUUGAUGGAGAGCUGCCUCGAGGAAACGGGGAGGGCAGCAGCUCUGAGGGCACUGGCAAAGGCCCGGGGUACGUCAUUCUACCGACCAACAACACAGGCACCCUGAAGCCGGCCAAGGGGAAAGAGGAGCAGACAGCCAAGUAUAACAUCAGCAUUGAGCAGCUGCCUCAGACCAGGCUCAUCCACCUGGCUAACCCCGCCAGCGGAGAGCCAGUGCCUGGCUUCGGGCUGAAGAGCCUGCCUGCUGACCAGAUCAGUGUGUCAUGCUCUGACAGAGACUCACCUGCACACAAUCUGCAAAAUAUGCCCAGAGACUCCCAGGUGGCCAACAGCAUGUGUGACGGAGGAGAUUCCGGAAACUCUGGUGUGAUGUCCAAGAGUGAGACUGUCUCCACACUGUCCAUGAGCUCACUGGAGAGACGAAAAUCACGCUAUGCAGAGCUUGACUUUGAGAAGAUUAUGCAUACCCGGAAACGCCACCAGGACAUGUUUCAGGACCUGAACAGGAAGAUUCACAGUGCAGACAAGGAUAGAGAAUCUCCACCUGUUGACGCCAAAGCUGCCAAAAGAUGGAGUGUGUCCUCUGCCAGCAGCGACAAGACCAACAUGAGUGACAAGCAGCAGACCCCGAGUAAGAGGGCGUGGGAGGGCAUCAGGAAGCCCCACUCCCCCCCAUCCUGGGUAAGGAAGGACCUGGAGACGGUGGCUGCCUCCCCUCUGGAGAUGCAGACAGUAGAGUGGGAGAAGACCAGCGCCACCAUCCCUCUGGUGGGCCAGGAGAUCAUGGACCUUCAGACGGAGGUGUGACCCAGCUUCUGGCAUCACACCCACAACUUCCUUUUUUUCCCCAGUGCUCUCAGACAGACAAGCAGAACCCACCACACACACUGCCCUGCUCUGUAUUUUUACUCAAAGGCUGGAUAAGGCCCACUGCGAGAACGUGAGGGGGACGGAGGGCGAGGAGGAGAGAGAAGCGUCACAAUAUCAGAAAAUUAAUUCAAUCAAUUAAAGAGAGAACAGGAAAAUAGCGUCUCUUUUAAUGUUUCAUUUUGAUGUUUGACGGUGUUUUUGUCUGCAAAAUACUGGUCAUUUUCUUGUAUAUGGUCUCAGACACCACAGUGGCUCACAUGGUCAUACAGAUUGCCAUGUGCAUCAUAUAGUCAUGUAAUAAAUCACAUAGCAAAGGUAAUCAUGCGAUGUUUACCCCUGUAUUAAAUGAAUACAAUGUAAUAAUCAUGAUUAUGUCUCCUUUUUUUUCUCUGUUGAGAGUAUUGUUGCAUCACUUUUCUGCUCUCUCUUUCUUCUGAUGAACGCUGAUGUAAACGGAGAUGCCUCUGGACUUACUUUUUCUUCAACAUCAAUCUCAAAAGGGAAAACAAACAAGUGAGGCAGACUGCCAAACACACACACCCACGUGGCAGUCAAUGCAGUUCUCUCCCCCCUUCAACUCACCCCAAUCCUUCUGGCUCCACCACUUUAUUCCCCCGUGAUCCUGACAGGGCAAGGUCAGCCCUGCAGUGACAAGCGAAGGGGAGAGGGGGUAAAAAAAAAAAAAAAAAAAAAAAAGAA